AGCAGAGCAUCCCUGCACAAACUGCAGACAACACGUUUAUUUAUACAUUGUUAGCUAAAAGUAUCAAUACUUAGUGUACAGAAACAUUUUAAAUAUAGAUUUUCCACUGGCGUUGUUUUGCGUCAUCGUCCUGCAACAAUGACGUAAUAACCGGUGCAGAGAUGUAGUGUCCGAGCGCUUUCUUUUCUUUUGCCACUGAGCUCGUAUACUCUACAGCUAUAUAGUAUUCUACAAUGAAGGCCCCAUGGUGAAGUGUGGGUUAAUGAAUGAGCGGGUGACUUUCCGUCCACUGAAUCUGUUGUGCGUCAUUUAACGUGCCGUAAAGCGUUUACUGUUGCGCAUGCGUGUUUCACAAGUAAACCUCUCCUGAUAGUGGAUCGAGAAGGCUUCUCUUAUUUCCCUCGCAGAUCGUCUCGGUAAACCUAAGACACGAUGACCCGCCAUGGGAAGAACUGCACGGCAGGAGCUGUUUACACGUACCACGAGAAAAAGAAGGACACGGCUGCAUCUGGUUACGGCACUCAGAGCAUUCGAUUGGGCAAAGACGCUAUCAAAGACUUUGACUGCUGCUGCCUGUCCCUUCAGCCCUGUCAUGAUCCUGUGGUGACUCCAGAUGGAUUCUUGUAUGACAAACAGGCCAUUCUUGAAUACGUUCUCCACCAGAAGACAGAAAUUGCCAAAAAAAUGAAGCUGUAUGACAAGCAGAAGAAGGCACAGAAGAGCAGCAGCCAGCUUGAGUCCAAGUCGGAGGAAAGGGAGAGAGUGGAGAAGUUUAAAACCAGGGAGAACAGCAUCGUAUCCAAACCCAUCAACCCAUUCAUAUCUGGGCAGAACAAAGGAAUUGAAAAGGGCAGGACAGAAGGCAGCUCAGUAGAAUCCUCCACUGUCCCCUCAGCUUCCACUUCCAGCCAGAGCCUUCCCAGUUUCUGGAUUCCCUCCCUGACUCCAGAGGCCAAGCCCACUCUGAUCAAGAAACCAAGUAAGGCUGUGCUAUGCCCCAUGUCGGGACGACCCAUUAAGAUGAAUGAACUUGUCACAGUGCGCUUCACCCCAGUGGACCCGAGCCUGGGCAGAGUGGCCUUGCUCACCCGUCAGGACAGGUAUGUAUGUGCAGUAACCAGAGACGUCCUCGCCAACAGUGUUCCCUGUGCUGUUCUGCGACCCUCGGGUACAGUGGUGACUCAGGAGUGUGUGGAGAAGUUGAUCAAGAAGGACAUGAUUGAUCCUGUGACAGGAGACAAACUGUCUGACAGAGACAUCAUACCACUGCAGAGGGGUGGAACUGGCUUUGCUGCAUCAGGGGUUGACCUCAGUGCCAAAGAGGCUCGUCCAGUGAUGCAAGUGUGAGACGAUGGAGGAUCUGAGGACCGUGUGUGAACAUGUGUCCAAGGCUUUCACACACUCCGAUGGCCUAUGCAAUCUGCUGGCAUAUUUUUCCUCCUCUUGAAGCUUUUUUUUUUAUUAUUGAGAGUUAAAUAAACAGUUCUAUAUAGUUUACCUUUACA